AGCAUUCAUUCAUCCAAGUAAAUGACGAUGUAUCUCGGCGCAUUUCGGGCAACACUAAGACGAACGGGCAAUUGUGCUUUUUCUACAGGGACAAGGGUGUUGUUGGCUGGAAGACCCAAAAUCUACACUAAAACGGGAGACAAAGGCACAUCUGCUCUUUUUACUGGAGAACGCAGACCCAAAGAUGACGUCGUCUUUGACGCGUUAGGCACAAACGACGAGCUGUCAUCGUCAAUCGGUUUGGCCCGUGAGUUCUGUUUGGAUCAAGGUGAAGGGCUUAAUGGGAUGAUCGGGCAACUGGAACAGAUUCAAUGUUUGUUACAGGAUAUCGGGUCCAAUAUUGCGACACCUCGGGACUCCGCUACAGCUCCACGUCUUGCCCGAACUGAAUUUGAUUCGGAUGGCCAACAUGUCCAGGAUCUGGAGACCUGGAUAGAUACUAUGGAUCAGGAAUUACCUCCGCUGACCAGCUUCAUCCUUCCUUCUGGAGGCAAGGCUGCUGCUGCGCUUCAUAUUGCAAGAUCUGUAAGUCGUCGGACUGAAAGAAGAGUCGUGCCGCUGGCGCAGGAACAAAGGGUCGAUAAGAGUGUGGCUGUCUAUUUGAACCGAUUGAGCGACUAUUUAUUUACAUGUGGACGAUAUGCUGCCAUGAAGGCAGGUCGUCAAGAGGCUGUUUAUAAAAAACCCAGAGCGCCGCGGGUUAAAAAAAAUUCUUCAAUUGCAACGGCAUCAGAAGAAGAAUAGUUACAAUAAUAAUAAUAAUAAUAAUAAUAAUAAUAACAAUAAUAAAAAGG